AUGUCUAAGCUCGUCCUCGCGAUCACAUUUGCGGGCGCCGCGACGAGCGCGGCGGCGUUGAAGCCGGUAGACCGCCUCGACGCUGCCAGCGUAACGCUAGAUCGGCCCGUCGCGCCGCUGCCGACCUUCGCGCCGCUGCCCGUCGUCGCCGACGCGCCGGAGAAGGCGCUGGAAGACGUCCCGGACCUGCCGCUGCGCCGCGCCGCGCUCCGCGAGUGGGCCGCGGAGAACAAUCGCGUGGAAGGCCUGGGCGAAAAGAUUGACAUCGACGUCGACGGCAUCAUCGCGGCGGCGCCGGCCAAAAAAGGCGACAUCCUCUUCGCCAUGAGCACCGAGUCCGUAGUGACGGCCCACGCCGCGUACAACGACCCCGACCUGCUCUCGCUGCGGCCGAUCGCGCAGAAGGCCGGGCCCGGGUUCGGCGUCGUGGCGGUGGCCGCGCUCCUCGCCGCGGAGGAGGUCCGGGGCUACCGUCGGAGGUUGGUGUCGUCCUGCGCCCCGGAGGCCCCGGGUACCGUCGAGCCCAGCGAGUGGGGCCCCGCCCUGCGGCCGCUGUGGGCCUCGGACCAGCUCGACGCCGCGGCCUUCAUCGACCCCGACGUGGCUCCGAUCGUCGACCAGGGCUGCGCCAUCGUCCUCCCGCUCCUCGAGGCGGCUGCUCGCCGGUCGUGGUCGGGGCCCAAGCCGGAGCGGCCGGCCGCGCGCACGGUCUUCGAGCGGACGCCGGACCACUGGCGCCGCGCGGAGCUCUACGCAGACGGCGCCGCCCCCUCGUGGUCGCGCGGCGACCUCGAGCGCGUCGCCCGCCGGAGUUUUGGACUGGUUUUGGCGGCGCAGAAGCCGCCGCCGGGCUACGUCAAGGACGCCGGUGCCAACGUCCUGACCGACGAGGGCGCGCCGUCGGCGUGGCUCCAGCGCGUGGGCGAGGGCGAGGAACAAACGGUCGUGUCCGAGCCGCUCGCGCUCGUGCCGCUCGUGGGCGAGCUGAUGGGGCCGGGCGCGGCGAACAGCGUCCUCGGCGCGCCGCCGCCGCAGAAGGCCGGCAAUCGGGGCGAGGGCGUUUGCAUCUGGUGCGUCGCAUCGCGCGACAUCGAGGCGGGCGAACGACUCGUCGCGGCGGAUCCCUGGUAA